CUUCCAUUAAUUAUAUUCUCUUCUCUAGCUAAUACACUCCAAUGGAGCCACUACUCUCCCAGCCCGAAAAGCCAAGAGAAGCGGGGGUUUCCGACAACCUCCUUCUGUGGGAGCAUCUCCGUUCAACUCUUCUUAACCUUCUCAACCUCUCAAUCCUCGUACUCUUCUUCUUCAUAGAAUCAUCUUAUUUAAUCAUCCUACAAAACAACCUUAAUCCUUUCUACCACCUCCUUACCUUUUCAUCUCUCCUUGUGCUCGUCGUUUCCUUGCCCUACUGUCUCCGUACUCCUUCUCCGGUGUACGUGGUCGACUACGUUUGUUUCAAGCCUCCAAACUUUUGCAGAAUCCCCUUCUCCUCCUUCCUGGAGCAUACCCAAAUGAUGGGGGACUCCUUUGACAGCAAGGGCGUAGCUUUCAUGGAAAAAAUCAUGAAUCUCUCUGGUUUAAGUGAGCAGACUUACUUGCCGCCAGGUCUGCACUUCAUCCCGCCAAGAUCGGGCCACCAAGAAGCCAUUAAUGAAGUCCGCAUGGUCCUCUUCCCCAUUUUCCAACAACUGCUCUCCAACAACAAACUUUCUCCUAAGGAUAUCGAUAUACUGGUGGUUAACUGCAGUGGGUUUUGCCCCGACCCCUCUCUCGCCUCCAUCAUCGUCAACAACUUCGGUAUGAGAGAUGACGUCAAGACCUUUAACCUCACCGGAAUGGGUUGCAGUGCUAACACAGUCGCCGUCGAUAUGGUCCGCAACAUCAUGAAAACUCACCGGAGAUGUAACGCUGUAAUUCUCAGCACUGAAAUCUUGUCAACUGGUUGGUAUCCUGGAAAGGAGAGGGCAUUCCUGGUGCUCAACUGUAUUUUCCGGAUGGGCGGCGCCGCCGUGUUACUGAGCAACAAAAGGGAAGCCAAGAGUGUGGCGAAAUACAAGGUGCUAUGGAGUCUGAGGACGCAAGGGGCGUUCGACGACAGGCGUUACAACGCGGCCAUCCGCGAUGAGGACUCCCAAGGGAUCACCGGUAUGAAGCUCAACGGCGACGUCUUGUACGUGGCCGGCGAAACUCUGCGAACUCAUAUCCCCAUUCUGGGCGCCAAAUUCCUUCCCAUCACUGAGAUACUCCGGUUUCUAGCUUCAGCCUUUAAGAAGAAGUUUUUAGACGACAAGGACUCAGAGACAGAGAUAUAUGUCCCGAAUUUCAAGUCGGCGAUACAACAUUUCUGUUUUCCGGCGACCGGGAAGUCGGUGGUUCGGGAAACUGCAAAGAGGUUGAAGUUGGGAGAUAUAGAUAUGGAGGCGGCUUUGAUGACGUUGUAUAGGUUCGGAAACCAAUCUUCUGCGUCUUUGUGGUAUGAGUUGGCUUACUUGGAAGCUAAAGAAAGAGUGAAGAAUGGUGACAAAGUUUGGCAGUUGGGUAUGGGAACUGGGCCCAAAUGCAACAGUUUGGUCCUCCAAUGCAUUCGGCCCAUUUUAGGCGAGGCCCAAAAGGGUCCAUGGGCCGAUUCCAUCCACAAAUAUCCAAUCCUACUUCCUUAAAAACUACCUACUAUACAUACUGUACGUGUAUAUUGUGAAUGUAUGUUAAGUUGUUGAAGCUAAGCUAGCUGGAUGAAUUGCAAAACAUGUUAUAUAUAUUGUUAGAUACUUAUGCAGGUAUGUACGUGAACACCAUUAUAUAUAUAUUGUAAUAUGUGAAGUGUGAAUCAAUCAGGUGUGUUUUGGUAUUA